AGAGCAGUAGCAGCAGGUUUGACUGGUGGAAAGGAGGUGGCAGGGCCAUGAUCCCAGAGGACAUUCAGAGACUCCUUGAAGCUCUCAGCCUUUCUUAUUUUCAUCCACCUGUUUAUGACAAACAGAAGAGCUCGUGACUUUAGAAGGGGGAGAUAUUCAUUUCUCCCGUGGCACUUUGAUCUUCUGUGCUUGCAGUCCGGGUUGGCUUUCUACAUGUAGCUGUGCUUUCCAAGUGAAAGAGUACCAUAUUGACUUCUGCCAAGGUGUUCUGUUGGGUGAGCACAGUGUAUCUGAGCAUUCAUGGUGUGAUAUGUCUGUAUGUGGAUGUUGAGUGCUUCCUGGUGGAUGGACUGCAGAAUGAAAACUUGAGCCCUAAAGCAAGGGAGCAGAGGAACGCAAUUCUCUUUGGCUUCCAGCAAGUCAAAGCCAGGUACCACUUGGAGUUUCUGCCCCGAGGAGAGAAUCAGCACGAUGCUGGCUUUGGGCAGGACAGUUCCGAUGAUAAUCAGAGCUGGAGUUUGGCCCCUUCCAUGACAUCUGAUGUCUCACUGCCAUCGGACCUGCAGGAUGAUGGAAUGGAGGAGAUCACACUGAGGCCUGUUGAGGACACAGGGAACAUUCUGAAGCAAGGAUAUCUGGAGAAGAGGUCCAGAGACCACAGCUUCUUCGGGUCGGAGUGGCAGAAGAGGUGGUGUGUCCUCAACAGAAAGACCUUUCACUACUAUGCCAAUGAGAAAAGCAAGCAACCUAAAGGCACCUUCUCCAUUGAGCACUACAGUGCCCGGCUGGCUUUGCAUCUCCGCAAAGACUCACGCAGGAGUUGCUGUUUCGAAUUAGUCUGCCCUGGGAAACGCACCUAUGAGUUCACAGCCCCGAGUCCGGCAGAAGCCAAAGAUUGGGUGGAUCAGAUCCAGUUCCUCCUGAAGGAUCUGAGUUCCCUCACCAUCCCAUACGACGAGGAGGAGGAAGAGCUCUACAACGACGUGGGGAGUUCCGACUCCAUGACCACGGCAUCUCACAACACUACCCUGAACCAGGAUGAUGGGAUGGAAGAAGACGACAUCUAUGAGGUUUUUCCAGAGGAGGACCCCAACGCUCCCGAGGACAGCGGGGAUGACGGCAGCGGGCAGCACCGCGGAAGAUCCCGACGGGAUUAUGCCAAUUACUACCAGGGCGUGUGGGACUGCAGCGCUGAGCACCCCAACGAGCUCUCCUUCCACCGCGGAGACCUCAUCUACAUCCUGAGCAAGCCAACUCGGUGUCCCCGCCGUCACCCCUUCUUGCCUGCAGCUCUCACCACCUCCUGCGUUCACACGUGGCAUCUGAAAUGCCCCAAAGCAAGAUUUUCUUCACGAAUUAAUCUCACAGAAGCAAACUCGGCAGCGUCGAGGCUGCAGUUUUGAGCGGCGCGGUCGCUCUGUCUGAACAUGAAAUAGGAGCUAAUAUAAAAAUCCAUCUGGUGUGUUUGAAACGCACGCCGGCUGCUGCUCGGGUCCUGUCUGACAUUUCCAGCAGCAACAGCGGAGGAGAAGUGAUGUGGGGGUCAGUGGACAUCGGUAGCUGGCAGGGAUUCAGCA